GACCACGCCCAUAAAUCAAAAUGGCUGCCUUCAAACUAGACAGAGCUGCUGUGUUGAAAUCUGCUGAAGGACUUAUUGACUUUGUUAAUAAAGGACCCUCUCCUUAUCAUGUUGUUGAGGAAUGCAAGAGGCAGCUGAUGGAGAGGAAUUUUACUGAAUUAAAAGAAAAGGAGUCAUGGGAGAUCAAACCUAAUGGAUUGUAUUUUGUCGUUAAUAAUUUCUCAACUAUUAUUGCGUUUGCAGUAGGUGGCCAGUAUAAGCCCGGUAAUGGUUUCAAUGCUGUUGGAGCCCACACUGAUAGUCCUUGUCUCAAAGUGAAGCCAAGGUCUAAUCGCUCACGUUGUGGCUACCUCCAGGUAGGGGUCGAGUGUUAUGGAGGAGGGAUAUGGCACACCUGGUUUGACAGGGACUUGACAGUCGCUGGACGAGUUGUUGUCCGUUCCAGCAAAGGUUUGGAGCAUAAACUGGUUCAUAUCAAGAAGCCAAUCCUUUGUGUCCCCAAUGUCUGCAUUCAUCUUGCUCGUGAUGAUCAUCUCAAGUUUGCUCCUAACAAAGAGAAUCACAUGUAA